AUGACCUCCCAGGAGAAAAGUAGGCUGUACCGCGGGACUUCGGAGAUGAUAAUUGGGUGGUCGGGGGACGUCUGGGUGUUUACUGAGCAAAGCGCCCGGCAAAAGAAUGGGGUAAUUGUGCCAGGAAAUGUCCAGAGGUUCAGUAGGAAGGGAGAAGUUGUCCUGGUGAGCGAUUUCAACUCCCGAGUGGGGAAAGCUUUCAGUAGAGGACAGGCGAUCGGGCAGCACGGAGAAGGCAAAGUGAAUGGCAACGGAGUGAGGAUGCUUGAAUUCUUGGGAAGCAACGAACUGAUGGUGUUGAACGGGGAACGUAGAGAAGUCUUCAAGCAGUACCUGAGUGAGGCGUCUGAGGAGAGUUGGGAAAAGUACAGGGCCAAGGAAAAACAGGUGAAGGGACGAGUGAACAAGGAGAAAAAGCGUAUUUGGGACGAAGUCGUGCAGAAGGCCAACAGAGACUUGGAGGGGAACGUCAAGCAGAUGUGGGAAGGGGGUCCCACAAGGUUGCACCCGUCCCCAACAUUGUUCCAGAUGUUCAUCAACGAUCUGUUGGAAGUCGUAGAGGCAGUCCGAAAGGGAGUAAAAGUAGGGGACACGGAAACGUCGGUUUCAGGAAUGCUGUUUGCGGAUGAUUUUGUCGGUAUGUCGGACACCCCUGAGGGACUACAAAUGCAAUUUGACGUGGAGAAAAAGUUUACUCUAGUGGACCAGUACACAUACCUCGGAGUAGAGAUCGCAAAAGACUGCUCGGGGAAUGCACACAUGUUAGCGGAAAAGGGCAAAGCACGAGCAGGGAAGCUGUACCCAAUACUCAAAAACCGGCACCUCGAUAAACGCACCAAAUUGACGGUUUUGAAGAGCGUAAUCGUACCGUCUCUAGAGUACGCCGGAGAAGCAUGGGAAGGAAA